CUCUCUCUCUCUCUCUCUCCUCCCUCUCCUUUGCUCUCCCCCCCCCCCUUUAGUCCCCCAUUACCACCUACCCACCCCUGUCUCUUCCUCCCCGAAGCCGGAUGUUUGCGCCGGCUGCCACCGGUAGGGCCUUGUGCCGGAGCGGCUGGCUGCGGCUGGCGAUGCUGGCCCGGCAGCCUCCCGGGCGUGGUCCUGCCACCUGGGGAGCCGCGUCGUUGCUGUUGAGCGGGAUCCGGCACGCCGCCAUCCGGCCCCCCGGCGAGGGCGGCCCCCCGAUGCACCCGCAGAGGGCCUUCUCUUCGGCCGUGCCGAGUGUGGCCACCGGGAACCCGGCGGCCGGGCAGCACCAUGGCGAUGCCGCGGAGUGCGCCGGAACGCGCCUCUGCCAGGCCAUCGAGCUCGGGGAAGCCCCGCUGCCACAGGGCUUCGACGAUGUGGAGCACUUCCGGCUGUUUUUGCGGCUUGCCGGGGACCCGCGAGCGAAUCGGCCACUGGCCAGCUCGUCCACCAUCGGCCGACUGCUGGGGAUGGAUCGUCUCUCGGUGCAGGCCCUGCUGAGCCGCUAUACCAGGGACUAUGGGAUUGCGCCGCCGAGGCGGUCGGGUCACAUCAUCCUGCCGGGCCUGGGGCCCGGGCACCCGGUCUUCGAGGAUCUGAUGGUGCUGGCCAGGAGGGAUCCGCCGGUGGUGGGGCUGACCUUGGCGCGGCUGGUUUGCCUGCCCCCGAGGCAGGUGGACGAGCUGCUGAGUGAGCAUAUGCCCGAGCUGCUGGAGGGGCCUACCUUCCAGCGGAAUGCGUGCAUUCGUCGGCUGAAGCAGCUGGUGAAUGUGGUCCCCCCCCUGUCGUAUCGCAUGAUGUGCAUGCUGCUCUCGAUUGACCAGAAUUCGGUGAUGAGCAACAUCAGAAGGCACAUGCCGGAGUAUGCCGAUCGGGCGGUGGCCCGCGCGCCGGCCGACCAGCUGGAGACGAUGCGGCGGCUGCUGUCCGACCGGAGUCUGGAUCCGCUGCCGUCCCCGCGGGAAGUGUACACCCAGUCGGGCUUGAGCAAGUCCACCUUCGACAUCCACGGCCCGUCGCUGCAUGCGGAGUAUAUGAUCCGCCUCCGGGGGGCGCUGCCGCCGGAGAAGCUGGCCUCCAUGCGAGCGCUGCUCCAGGAGCGGCGCCACACUCUGAGGACCAUGGCCGAUGAAUUGGGCAUGACGGCGCUCACCCUCCGGUGGUACAUCAGGCACUAUGAGCCGGAGGUCAUUGUGCCGGCGCGGAAUAACAUCCCGAUUCGGCAUCUUUCCCUGCCGCCGGACCGCAAGCAGCUGACGCUGACCGAGUAUACGAGGCGCUUUUUGCCGGCCGAGUCGCCGGUGCAUGGCCUGCCGGAUGCGGAGCUGGCUACGCGAUUGAGCGCGAAGGGCCUCCCCUCCUUGCGGCAUUACAAAAAGACCUCAUUCAAUCCGCUGGUCCAUUGCUCGGGCCCGGGGACCGACCUGCGGCCAUUGGCCAAGGACCUUGACGCGGGUCUGGAAAGCCGCGUGCUGGCCCUUGCUGGGAUGCGACCGGCCUUGACGAGAUUGGAGAUCAGCGAGCAAUUGGCCACCACGCAUCGGUAUAUUGCGGAUCUGGUCCAAUCGUCCAGCUGGCCGGCGGACUUCUGGCUUCACGGGUCGCGACGGGUGACCCCCCCCACGCGGGAGGAGAUCCGCUCGCUGCGGCGCUUGGCGAGCGAAGUCCACCCGGCUGGCGGGCGCAUGAAGUACACGGUGCCGGAGCUGGCUGCCGCGAUGGGCUGGUGUCCGGACCGGCUGUAUCACCGGUUGCAUGAGUGCUGUCCGGAGUACUUCUUCCUGGCGCUGGCCCCGGAGGCGGGGUCCGGCCCGGGGGGGAUGUAUGUGCCGGAGGGGAAGCUGGAUGCGCUGCUGGCCGCGGUGGAGGGCCAGUACCCGACGCCGGUGCUUCACCAGGUGGCGGCGGAUCUGGGGUGUGCCCUGCCGCAGGUGGUGAACUCGCUGCGAGCACAUGCCCGUCGGCAGGGUGGCCGCUUUACGGCGUCCAGGUAUGCGCAGCAUUCGGCCGGCCGGGUGUUCGAGUUGAAGCAUGUGUUUCUGGAGGAUCCGGCGCUGUACUAUGUGAAUGGGCGCCCGAGGCUUUGUCCGGAGGCCUCCCGCAUUUACCGGAACGCCAAGCAGUAUCUCGAAUGAGUGAAUGCACCUGUGUAUCACUGGG